AUUUUACUUUAGGUAAGGCCAUAUGACUAAAAAUGAGUUCUCAGAGACCAGUCUCUCCUCAAGUUCGAAAUUCUCAAAACUAUGUUUGGAACCGCCUUGAUGUGCUUGGUCAUGGUGCUACUUGUGAGGUAUUCAAGGCUUACCACAAAACUACUGGUGAACCAGCUGCUGUCAAAGUGUUCAACAAAGCUGGAAUUUCACGGGACAUGUACCAACAACAGAGAGAGUUGCAACUGGUGCAGAAGUUGGAGCAUAAAAACCUGGUGAAGGUGCUAGCUAUUGAGGAAGAGGAUGAUGUUAGCGUGUCCCGGAGUAUAGUUGUUAUGGAACUAUGUGAAGGGCGCAGUCUUUUCAGCUUUCUAUCCUUACCUGAGAAUCGACAUGGCCUUCAAGACAAAGAGUUCCUAACUGUUUUUAAUGAUGUUACGGAAGGGAUAAAGUACCUCAGGGAAAAUCAUGUUGUCCACAGAGAUAUCAAGCCAGGCAAUAUCAUGCGCUGUAUCAAAGAAGAUGGUUCAAGCAUGUAUAAGCUCACAGACUUUGGUGGAGCAAGGGAGUUGGAGGAAGAUGCUGUCUUUAUGUCACUGCAUGGAACUGAAGAGUACCUUCAUCCUGAUAUCUAUGAGAAAGCGUUAGUAGACAGAAGAGCUCCUGCUAACUUUAGAGCUGAAGUUGACUUGUGGAGUUUAGGUGCAACGUUUUUCCACUCAGCUGCUGGACAGACACCAUUUAAAACUUUUCAUGGUCGUGGAGACAAAGUUACCAUGUUGAAAAUGACAAAGAGUAAAGAUACUGGAGUCAUCUCUGGUAUCCAGAAAACGAAAGAUGGAGAGAUUACGUACAGUAAAGAACUUCCAUCUAAAGCACCAAUGUCUGCAGAGUUGAAGAAGAUAAUCGAACCUGUCCUUGGAAGACUACUUGAGAGAAUUGAUAAUAAAGCCAUGUCCUUUGAUGAGUACUUCGACUGUGUUAGUUCCAUCAAGGAAAUGAUAAGCAUAAAACUGCUGAAUGUUCCAGAGUGCAUGACACACACUGUUUACAUUAAGCCAGAUUGUUCAUUUAAUGAAUUCAAAAAGAGUGUUGAAAAUGCCUGUGGAAUCCUCCCAGCUGACCAAUUCCUGCUGACAGAACGCUACAUUGACAUUGAGCACUUGGAGAAGAAUUUCAUGAGGUAUGGUGAGCUUUAUGUUCUGUCAAAGUCUGAAAGUGAUAUGGAUGUGACAUUCAAAUCUGCUCCCCUGACGUACACUCGAUUCUCGAAAAAUGCCUCUGAUCUCAUUCAAUACGACUGCUCUCUAUCAAUGGCAAUGUGUAUUGAAGCCUACCAAUACAGUCAGGGACUGGAUAGAUGCAUUCUCCACUCGAACCUUGUGUCACAUGCGGUGCAGUCAUUGAUUGAUUACUGUGAAGAUAGUCCUAACAGGUUGGAGGUAAACAUGUCUGUUCUUACGGCUAAAUCCCAGAAUUUGGAGGCAAGAAGAAAGGACAUUCUCACAACCAACGAGGCUUUCAUCAAAAUCUUGGACCUUCUUGCUGAAAUAUUUCAAAAGAUUGACUCGGGCACAGUAAAUAACAUUUGCAAGCUGUCAAAUAAAACUUUGCAACAGUUUAAAUCUGUUCUAUCAAACCACCUGAUUGGUGCGAUUUGCAACAAACUACAUUUACCUUGUGUUCUCGACUUUGAUAGGUUCCUCAACUCAAUCGAGGUGGUUGAUCUGAAACUGGUGAUCCAGGUUUUAUAUGAAAUACAAGACGAAGCACUAAAAGAUUUCCUACAAAACUGUCUGGCUGCUGAAGUGCCAGUCACUUACAUCGUGAGCCUACUGGAAAUGUAUAAAUCCAACCUGUCACUGUGGGCCAAACAGAAGAUUUGCAGUGGAAGCAGCAUUGACGAACAGCUUCACACAUUGCACUCGAAGAUUAAGGAGAUCCAAGCUAACAGCAGUGGGAUUGAUGGAAAGAUCGGCGAGGUGACAGUCCGCUCUGGGGAGCUCUCCAACAUCAUGAACAACGUGCUCUCCAACAUGAUGAAGAUAAACGAGCAGUUCGAGAUGGAUAAGAAGCAGAAAGUCAGGGUCACCUCAACAAUAAAGAUCAUGCAUCAGUUGAACAGGAACUAUUUGGAGACACUGAAAAGGAGAGCGUUUGAUGUGGCGAGUGAGGCAGUUGAGGGUUGUAAUAAAAUAAACAAGUGUCUUAAACCAAGAGUCGAGGAGUUCCUUACAUUACAGGAAAUUCUGAGGAAAUACAGGCUGGAGUACAAGCAGGAUUUCGACAUGCUGUCGGAGUACGAGAAUAACUUGGAGCAGUGGAGAUCCCACAUGUUUGAGAGUGUAUCUGAGCUGGCCAGUCACAUAACUUCGAUAUCGUUGCCGGUGUUAGAAUCUAACGAAAUGAAAACCGAGCUGAUGUCCCGGAUUACAGAGUUUGAGGAAACCAACAAAAGAAACAAGAAGCUUGUAGAGGAGAACACCUCAAUGCUAAGGAAGCUUCUUGACCUCUGUAAUUACAAUUUGAACUCCUGAUCUGGAGUUUUAACUGUCUUUUGUUUAAAUAAUUACUGUCAGGUAAUUAAUAGCUUUUAUUUUUUAAUUGACUUGUAAUUAUCAGUGAUUGCGUUAUUUGCGGUCCAUGUUAAGACUGACAGUUCCUGAUAAAUGUGGUGAACCUCGUCGGGACGUUGUGUGCUUUUAUUAAGAUUGUUUUGUAAGUUAUGUCGUAAUUUUGUAUGAUGUUGAAAUUAAUAACAGAAGUUUACCUUCUUUACCUUAUUCUUAAGAGGUUAUCUGUUAGUUACCCUAGCUGUAACUUUUAUAGAAGAUUGACAAUCAGUGAUUCCGUUGUAAAUUGGAUAUGAUAUUCAUCUUUUUAUUUCUAUGUGGAAUAUUUCUUAAAAUCUCAGUUAAGCUCUUUCAUUCAAGAUUUGUUACGUCUGAAAUUGUGCGUUAACACCUUGCAGAUAUUUUUCUUGUUCACUUAUUCCAGAUUAUGAUUAAGCUUCUGUUUUGAUUAUGUUUAUAAAAUGUCCAUAGCUUAAUUAAUGUUCUUGAUACUAGCUAUGUCUUGAUAGUUUAACAGAUAACAAAUAACUAGGCUUAAAUCUUAAUUAGAUUUUAAACAAUAAUUUAAUUUUAAACGAAAAUCAUUUUAUACCUUCAUAGAUAUUGUCAAUUUCAUAUCUUUUAGUUUGAUUUUAUUUUUGUAAAGUUUUGUUUGACAUUGAACUUAACCUGUGGUUGUGCCUACCAAAUUGUGUAUGUACAAUUGCUUAAGUUAUAAUUUUUAAUUCCGAUGCCUUUUGAUUAGCUUUUGAAGUAUUACUAUUUGCGUAUAUUUUACCGUUUUAAAUUAUUUUCAAGGGCGUGAGGGUAUGAUCGAGUAAUUUUCGGUAUGAUUUUAUGGUUUAUGAGUUUAUGUAUGUUUUUUGUUGUGAAGGGAAUGUGUCGUUACAUACAAUUUCUUCAGAAAAUUAAUCAUUGGCUCAAUAAUAUAAUGAUGUUUUCUCACUUCAUAAAUUGCCGUCAUGCUGCACAGCUCCUUGCUGGAAAACUGGUCAUCUUUAUGUUUUUCUCACCUUGUACAUUCAAAUAUUAUGGUCACGUGCAGUUGACUCAUAUCACGUGAUCAAUGUACGUGACGAUGACCAACUGAACCACUUCUUUAUCCUUAUCUCCUGAGAAACAUUCCUUUCAAAGCUUGUUUUGUAAACAUACCUCCA